AUGAUAUAAUAGAUUAAAACAUAUAACAAAUUAAAAGAAUUUUUAAACUCUUCACUUUUAUCUCAUUAGUUUCUCCUAAUUGAUCUGAGUGGAAAUUAAAUUGGUGAUGAAGGUACAUUAGGCUUAGGUUCUGCUUUAGCAAAGUGCAUCAAUCUCUCAAAUUUGACACUUGAUCUUAGUUGGAAUAAAAUUGGUGAUGAAGGUACAUCAUGCUUAGGUUCUGCUUUAAUAAAUUGCAUUUAUCUCUCAAAUUUGACACUUUAUCUUCGUCAAAAUUAAAUUGGUGCAAUGGGUACAUCAGGCUUAGGUUCUGCUUUAGCAAAGUGCAUUAAUCUCUCAAAUUUGACACUUGGUUUUAGUUGGAAUAAAAUUGGUGCAAUGGGUACAUCAGGCUUAGGUUCUGCUUUAGCAAAGUGCAUUAAUCUCUCAAAUUUGACACUUGAUCUUGGUUGGAAUAAAAUUGGUGAUGAAGGUACAUCAUGCUUAGGUUCUGCUUUAAUAAAUUGCAUUUAUCUCUCAAAUUUGACACUUUAUCUUCGUCACAAUUAAAUUGGUGCAAUGGGUGCAUCAGGAUUAGGUUCAGCUUUAGCAAUGUGCAUUAAUUUCUCAAAUUUGACACUUGAUCUUAGUUCUAAUUAAAUUGGUGAUGAAGGUACAUCAGGCUUAGGUUCUGCUUUAGCAAAGUGCAUUAAUCUCUCAAAUUUGACACUUGGUCUUAUUGGAAAUUAAAUUGGUGAUAAAAAUACAUCAGGCUUAGGUUCUGCUUUAGCAAAGUGCAUUAAUCUCUCAAAUUUGACACUUGAUCUUUGUUCUAAUUAAAUUGGUGAUGAAGGUACAUCAGGCUUAGGUUCUGCUUUAGCAAAGUGCAUUAAUCUCUCAAAUUUGACACUUGAUCUUAGUUAGAAUAAAAUUGGUGAUGAAGGUACAUCAGGCUUAGGUUCUGCUUUAGCAAAGUGCAUUAAUCUCUCAAAUUUGACACUUGUUCUUCGUCAAAAUUAAAUUGGUGCAAUGGGUGCAUCAGGCUUAGGUUCUGCUUUAGCAAAGUGCAUUAAUCUCUCAAAUUUGACACUUGAUCUUUAGUAAAAACAGUUUAUUUGUUUUGGAUUGUGA